AAGCAUGAUAUCAUAUUGUGUUACAUUAUUGCUUUUAUUUGAGAAUAAAAACAAUGAAUAUAUAAAGUGAAACAGACAGACUGUUUAGAUGGCGUAAAAUAUAUCGUUUUCGAACUGCUUGUUUUUACCUUCUUUUGAAAUAACGAGAAAUGGGAAGCAUGUUCACUACUCUUCCAACUUAAGUAUUUUUUAUAAACUAUAUCGUACUUGUGCCUUUAGCGUGAUUAUCUUUUUGGGUUGCAUGGUUGGGCUUGGACGCCGCUGCUUUGUAAACUUCAACAGUUGUUGCAUCAGAUUCUUCAGUUUAGCCUGCUUCCCAAAUGAGACUAGUUUGAGUAGUGUUAUUAUAUCCACCUGGUAUGAUAAAGUCGUCAUUCACUUUUUUUCAAGUAACUUUCAAGUAGGCCUAGUAUGACCUCUAAACUAUGUAAUAGAAUUCUAAAGAAAAAACAAGACAGAAAGGACAAUAGUGGAAGUGAAAUCGCACACGCAGAAAGUUGCAACGUGGAAUAGAUGGAGAAGCCUCCCCUGCCCAAUGACGAUGACACGGCGGUGACACCAGAGUCUCAGCUGGGCUGCUUGGCUGGCGAGGAUAGUCAGGAGGGUGUAGUGGAGCCCCCUGCCCGGGAUGGCUGGGACAGUAAAGUGGAGUAUUUCCUGGCUCAGGUGGGAUUCAGCGUUGGCCUGGGCAACGUGUGGAGGUUCCCCUACCUCUGCCAUCAAAAUGGAGGAGGGGCCUUUCUCCUCUUAUACGUGCUGCUCAUGAUCCUGGUGGGCAUUCCCCUGUUCUUCCUGGAGCUGGCGGCUGGUCAGUCCAUCCGGCAGGGCAGCAUCGGGGUGUGGAAGCACAUCUCUCCCAAGCUGGCGGGGAUCGGCUACUCCAGCUGUGUGGUGUGUUUUUUUGUUGCUCUCUACUACAACGUGAUCAUCAGCUGGAGCCUUUUCUACUUAGGAAACUCAUUUCAGUAUCCGCUACCUUGGAAAGAGUGUCCUGAACACGGUAACACAACUGUGGAGGAAUGUGUUGCCAGCAGUCCUACCACCUACUUCUGGUUCCGGAAGGCUCUUAACAUCACCGACUCCAUCGACAAUACGGGCGAGUUUAACCACGUCAUCACCUGCUGCCUGCUGGCCGCCUGGACCAUCGUCUGCUUGGGGAUGUUCAAGGGCAUCAAGUCCUCUGCCAAGGUGAUGUAUUUCUCCUCGGUCUUCCCCUAUGUGGUGCUGAUGUGUUUCCUCAUCAGAGGGCUGAUGCUGGACGGGGCUGCAGAGGGCAUCAAGUACAUGUUCUACCCUAAGCUGGAGAUCUGGGGUGAGGUGCAGGUGUGGCGCCAGGCGGCCACGCAGGUUUUCUUCGCCCUGGGCCUGGGCUUUGGUUCGGUCAUCGCCUAUUCCUCCUACAACCCACGCAGCAACAACUGCCACCGCGACGCCCUCACUGUCUCCACCAUCAACUUUCUCACCUCCGUCCUCGCCACGCUGGUGGUGUUUGCCGUGCUGGGAUUCCGCGCCAGGGAAGUUGCCAUGCGCUGCGUGAAGGAUAACUUGGAGAAGCUGUCGGAGCAGUUCUCAGUGGGCCCUCUUGACCGGGACCUGCUGCCCAGGUUCAACAUCUCUGACCCCAGCUCGGUGCCCCUGGAGGCCUACAGGGACUGGUUCAAGGGUCACGGAGCCAAGGUCCCUGGGAACCUCACUGACUGCAGCCUGGAGGAGGAGAUGAACAAGGGUGUGGAGGGCACAGGGCUGGCGUUCAUAGCCUUCACAGAGGCCAUGACUCUGUUCCCGGGCAGUCCCUUCUGGUCAGCUCUGUUCUUCCUCAUGCUGCUCAACCUGGGCCUUAGCACCAUGUUCGGCACAAUGGAGGGCAUCCUCACACCCCUCACUGACAACUUCAAAGUGCUUAAGCGCCACAAGACCAUGCUCACAGUGUGUAGCUGCGUCGUCGGCUUCCUGAUUGGCAUGCUGUUUACGCAGCGCUGUGGGAACUACUUUGUGAUGAUGUUUGACGACUACUCUGCCACCCUGCCCCUCAUCAUCGUGGUGGUGUUUGAGUGUUUCAGCGUGUCCUGGGUGUACGGCGCUGACCGGUUCCUUGAUGACAUAGAGAAGAUGCUGCACUGGCGCCCUCCUGUGGUCUAUAAAUACCUGUGGAAGUAUGUGUGUCUGCUGGCCAUGCUGGGGCUGCUUGGAGCCAGCCUGCUGAAGAUGUGCUUCAAACGGCCCACCUACACUGCCUGGAACAGAGAAACGGCCUCAGAGGUGACUCUGGACUACCCUGACUGGGCCCUGGGCGUCUUGGCUGUUUUGAUCAUAUUCGCCACGUUGCCUGUUCCCCUGGGGUACAUCCACUCCAUACUGAGGAACAGAACUAGACGCAACUCCAUAGGAAGUGGCCUGGGAACGGACAUGGGGGGCGUAUACACUAAGUGCAGCACCGUGGAGUGUGACACCCCCGUAGCCGCCCUAUUGGACGAACACCUGGAAAGGAAUGGAAUACCUAAGGAUUCUCCCUCGCCAUUGGCCGAGGAGAACCUCCGGCUCCUCCCACAGAGGGAAGGGGCGGAAGAUAUAGAUGAUUCAACCAGCGUGUAAGGGGGAGGAGAAAACAGAAGGACUAAAAGAGGGAAAUAUGAGCUGCUAGCUGUCUUGAUGUCAGAUAUUACAUCCUGGUACCAUGGAAGAAUGUAUACUGAUGUAUACAUUGAAAAAUGUAUCUUUUUAAAGAUGAAAUUACUAGUUUUAAAAGGUCCUCUGCUUUCAGAUGUUGCUCUAUUUUAAAUAAUAUGAAUGCAGCCAUGUCGGGUUACAUUUCAUUUUUUAUACAGUAGUCCAGAGAGGUGAAAAACUGUGCUUUGUCAGUAAAAUCCCUAAGGCUCAAACUAUUGUUUAUAAGUGAGGAGAUAUGUGUUGCCAAGACGUUGCCCCAAAUGUUCAAACCUGCAACCCACCUAAGGUGUUUUUCCACACCACUUUUUUUUAACAUCCCAUACUUAGUUACUUACAGAUAAUGCUCAUGAUAUGGGGCGGUAGAGAACUCUUAAGUACUGGAAUAUUCCCUUCCGCCACAGGUUGGGUGGAAAAGUAUAGUUCCACUGUAUGAUUGUGUUUCUAAGUGAAAGCAGGAAAAGUUACACAGACCGCCCUUGUAACAUGUCCUGCAAAUAUGUUUUGAUGUAACUUGGUGAAUGCAGGUGCAAAAAGGGUGACAAAAUAUUUUUUCUUGAUGUUUGCCUUCAGUACUAAUUACCAUACAGAACAGAAGUCAUCCACGCACUUGUCAAUUAAGACAUUGAUGGAAAUGUGUAUAAACUGAAUUGCAUGUUUUUCAGUUUUAGCCUAAAUGUUAACGAUCCUUGCC